AUGGCUCCGGCGCCGUGGCAGAGCCGCCGCGUGCGCUCGCCCAGAAAGAGGUCGAUGGUGCCCGUGGGGCUGGCGACGGGCGCUCGCUGCUCAGAUCCAGGGAAUCUCUCAAACUUUGAAUUCCAGACGCACGUCUCGGAUCCUGCGGCAGCCCCGGGAUCGGCGCGGGGUCCCUCCGGACACAGCAGCCCCCUCUUGGCAUCAUUGCCCAUCCCUGGCCGGCCUCUUCAUCCCCCCUUGGACAUCAAGCACUUUCUGACCUUCAGGCUCAACGGGACAUCACCGCUCAACCUCUUCCCCAACUUCAACACGUCACCGGAGUCAGGAGUGAACUUGACCCAACGCCUGCUGUUCGCUCCUCUUGGCUCCCACCUGCCCCUGCCUCAGCGCCUCUUCACCCACAUCGCGGCGCCCAAAGCCACCUCCGUUGCUGGCUCCAUUCUUCUGGAAACCAUCAGGAAGAGCCUCAAUCCCUGGCUGCAGGCACCGAUGGACCCGGUGCAGAAGGCGGUGAUCAGCCACACCUUCGGCGUGCCAGCCCCGCUCAAGAAGAAGCAGUUCAUCUCCUGCAACAUCUGCCACCUGCGCUUCAACUCUGCCAACCAGGCAGAAGCCCACUACAAGGGCCACAAGCACGCGCGGAGGCUGAAGGCCAUCGAGGCCAUGAAGAACAAGCAGAAGGUGGCGGGGGCUGCAGCGGGGACCCCUGGCCAGGACAGCACGGCCGACCUGGCCCCCAGCCCCGUGGGCAGCGGGGAGCUGGGCAGCACAGAAAACCUGUUCAGGCACAGAGAACUUUCUCUUCCUGCCCAUUUCUUUCUCUUUUCCCCUUUUCCCCCUUUCCUUCCCCUCCUGCCAGCUGAUGCCAGUAGCCCACAGGAGUCGGAGGGUGAGGGCAGCAGCCUGGGGCUGGUGCCCAGCACUGAGGAAUCACCUGUGGAGCUGCCAGGCAGUGUUGCCCCGCUGGGCUCCCCGCCGGCCUCCGAGCUGUCGGAGGGCACCUCUGAUGCCACCAGCGUGGCCUCCUCGUCCGCCCAGGCAGCUGAGGCGCAGGCGGCCGAGUCGGGCAGCAGCGUCAGCUCGGCCCCUGAGAGUGAGAAAGAGGGGAAAAAGAGCAAACAGCACCUGUACUGUCCCACCUGCAAAGUGACCGUCAACUCCCUGUCCCAGCUGGAGGCUCACAACACCGGCGCCAAGCACAAGUCAAUGCUGGAAGGUCACGGCACCCAACUGCGGCGAGGCCGGGGCAAGCUGCUUUCCCGGGCAGGGCACAAGUCCAAGCGGAUCGGGAACAAGGGAAGCAUCAACAUCCAGAACAAGGCGUUUCACUGCCAAGUGUGCGAGAUCUACGUGAACUCCGAGACCCAGCUCAAGCAGCACAUGAGCAGCCGGAGGCACAAAGACAGGCUGGCAGGGAAGCCACCCAAGCCCAAGUACAGCCCCUACAACAAGCUGCAGAAGAAUGCUGCCCUCGCAGUGAGUAUUCUCAAGUCCAAGCUGGCUUUGCAGAAGCACCUCACCAAAACCCUGGCAACCCGUUUCCUGCCGAGCCCGCUCACUGCCGCUGCUGUCUGCGCCAUGCCCGGACCCCUUGCCUUGCGACCGGCAGCUGCCACCACCCUCUUCCAAGCCCCGAUCCUCGGACCAGCUCUUUUCCGAACGCCGCCGGCCCACGUCCGUCCCACGCCGGGUCCCAUCGUCUUCGCGCCAUACUAGAGCCGCUGGCCCAGCGAGGGUCUGUCCGCUGCGGCUGGGCUGGGCUGCGGGGGCUGCGCGCUGGGGGCAGCGCUCCUGGUACCUCCUCUCCUGGCUGGUGGGAAAAUGUAGUCGUAGACAUCAACCCCGGCUUCUCCUUCACUUGGAGAGGGCUCCCACUGGGGAGAGGUGCCCCGACAGAGCCCGGCCAGCCCCGCCGCUCAUCCCCACCGCUCCCCCAGCCUGUGCUGGCCCUGUGCUCAGCAGAUGAGCCCAGGCAGUGCACAGAAGAGGACAGUGUCCAAAUCAGCAGGACUGUCUCAUGGCCAGAGCCUGCCUGCCUGUCCUUGGCCUGCUGGCUGCUUCUUCAUCGCCCUCCCAGUUACCAGACUGGAAGGAGAGGAGCUGGCUGGUCCCUGGGAGAAGGAGCAUCCCUCUGGUCCCUGCCAGCCCAGUGGGAAGGGAACUGCGAGGGGAAUCUCAGCCCAGCUCUUACUGGGAGAAACAACCCCAGCACAAGUGGGAAGCUGGCAGUUUCUCUCUCAGCCUGGGCUGGCUGUGCCCUUGCUAUGCCUGCCUGUGCUGGCAGGGGGUUUCUGUGCCACCCACCAGCCCCCCAUCCCCACAACUCCCUACGUCCCUGCAGCCAAAGAGCCCCCGUGGAGGCAGGCACCGGCCAGACCGACCGUAUCCUCACUCCGAGAGCAAUAGCUGACCCCAGGGCCGGCACCUCCUCCCUCCAAAGCACACGGGCCCUGCCCUGGCCCCAGAAGCACACGAUGGGCAGGCUGGGCCCCACUCAUGCCCAGCAAGGCCAAGAGAAGCAGGCUGUCUGGUACUGGCUCCCCGAGGAGGUGACCCUGUGCUUGGCGCCUGUCCUUGUCUCUGUCCCACCGCGGGGACAGUCCUGCCCCUACCUCCCGGGAGAUGCUGUGAGGCUGCGUGAAUGUCCCUAAAGCACUUUCAGUUCUCCAGUGAAAGGCAACGCUGCUGCUCACCUGCCGUGCCCGACCCUCCAAUCCCAUCCCAGUUAGGAGCUUCCAGGAAGUUACUGAUGAUUCCCGAACACAGAGGCGUCCUCAGCAGCCUGGACAAUCAGGUGGCAGGUGCACCCACAGCCUGCGGAAUGCCAGGCUCUGGAGGGACCUCGAGGCCACAGCUCUGUGUUUCACUGUGCUCAGACAGCCCAACAUGACCUGUCUGGGACUGUCACCACGGCGCUCUGGGUGCCCAGCACGCUGCUGUACAUAGAGAGUUGCAUCCCAAAUGGACCUUUCGCUGGAGGAACACCCCACCCCGAUCUAUGCAAUCCAGGGGAGCAGCUCACCCGCCACACUGGCCGCCUGCAGCUCCCUUCGGUGCUGAUGCAUCCAUGCAGCUGGAGCAGUGGUGGGAGCAGAAGAACCCACAUGACACUGAGCUCUGUCCCAGCCCCAAGCCAGGGUUCAGACCUCUGCUGUGACUCCCAUUCCCUCGGGAAGAGGCGGGUUGGUGUGUGCACCUGGGAAUCCACACGCACAAGCACACAUAUCUGAUGUCUCGGCCAUAAGCAGCACCUGGAUUUCAGAUGGAUUUUGCCCACCAUGCUCUGCCAAUGCUCAGGAUGGGUCCUGGCACGGGGAGGUGAAUGGGGAGAAGCCAAUAGGCGACUCAGAUGGCUGAAACAUAUCUGCUUCCCAGGGCUGGAGCCUUGGCGAAGGCAGGAAAGCUGCAGGAGGGAGCUCACACCUGCAGGGUCUGUGGGCAGCACCCACCGUGGAGCCCCCACUGCGCUCCUGCCACAGAGACAGGAGAGUGAGGGAGCCCCUGGGUGUGAAUUCACCUACUCAGGGCAUCGCUUCCACAGGGAAGGAGGAGAGUGGAGAGAGGGCACCAGGAGAAGACUGAGCAGCUGUGCACGGAGACAAUGGAAAGGUCUUGCAGCAGUGGUGGGGUAGGUGGCUUGGAGCACAGCUGAGGGAAGCAAGACUCCCAGCAGAAACGGCUUUGCCAAGGAUAGAUGGUCCCACAACCCAGGGGACACAUAGGGGUCCCACAUCCCAGGGGACAGGAGCCUGUGCUGGUGGGGCUCCAGGGGACAGGAGGGAUGCUGUCCCUGCUCCCCAGUGCCAAGCAGCCUGUGGCCAGCACGUCUCCAGCCGCCCCUACCCGUCUCACUGUGCCCUUCCCAGGCCCUUGGGGUCACCCCCAGUCCAGCUGCUGCAGCAGGACAAUGGGUCCCCUCCUGUGCUGUCAGCCCCUGGGGCCGUGCCCAGCCUCUCAGAAGCACGGGGAGCCAGGAACAGCUGGGCUCCAGCUUGCAGAGAGCAAGGUGUGGCACCAGUGGGCCUGUUCCCCUCCAUUGUUCCAAAAAGCCUGUGCUGGAGCCAUGGCUGCUCCUCGCCCCUCACCAGUGGAGUCCUGACGCACUCCUGUUCUUGGCACUUUAACCCUGUGAAAGCCAUUCCUUCUAGUAACAAUAAUACUGCAACGAGCUGCGUAAGAAACCCCCGUUAUGGCAUCCCCCCUGAAUCCCCUCCUGCUCUCCAAAGCAUUUACUGCCUUUGACUUAGCACAUGCUGUACUAGGAGUAGGGAUAGUCCAUAGCGCUCGGUAACGUGUGCCCCUCUGUAAAUAACCUUGGAGUGAUGUGAAGUUUGAUUCAAAAAACCAGAAAAAAAAAGAAAACCCAAAAUGGAAUAUCCAGACUCUAGGGACUUGGCCAGUACCCUGCUGUAAUGUUCAUUGUAUAUUUUUUUGAUGUACUAUAACUGUUGGGGAAAAACAAAAAAAAAAAGGAAAAUAUUUUGAUAACCGAAUCUCAUCGCUUUAUUGUGUUACUCAGUAAAUAAAAGGAACAAGUAUAAACACA